AUGGAUUCAGAAAAUUCUGAAAAACGACAGAUUUUCUGUCUUGUUUUAGGUGAAGCUAUUAGAAAAUCCUUUCCAGUCGAUAUUGAUAAAAACAUGACCGUUGGGCACUUAAAAACGUUCAUUAUGCAGAAUAUGAACCCUGCUUAUACCAAUUUCACUGCGCGCGACUUAGAAUUGUGGAAGGUCAACAUCCCAAUCACCAUAGAAAAUAUAGACACGAAAAUAUAUGAAGAAAACCUUGAUGAAUAUAAAGGUGUGAGGUUGCUUCCAAAUGCUACUAUGAAAAUAGUUUUUGAUGAAGAGUUCGAAAAUAGUAAUAUUCGUAUAAUCGCUGAUCCAGAGGAAUCAGAAGAAGGUCGUGAUGGUCUUAUGGUUAUAUCACCUAAAAGAUUGAAAUGGAUCAUCGAAUUUGUGGAAAAUAAGAAGGUUACACUUUUGCGCAGUCCUCCAUCAUCAGGCAAGAGUACUCUUGGGCAAAUGCUCCGAGACUAUUUUGGAAGUCUCAAUUAUGAUAGCAUAUAUAUUAGUCUUGCUGCUAUAAGUGGUGGACCAGAAAUAUAUGAUAGGAGGCUUUUCGAUAAUUUCUGGAAAAAGCAAGUUGAUUUUACGUGGACAGAAAUUAGUAUAUACAAAAAAAUUGUUUAUGUAUUCAUUGAUGAGAUACAGGUCAUUUAUGGCAACGGUGCUCCAUUCUUUUGGGGUAGUCUGAAGCAACUUUUAUCAAGCGAAUCAUGCUUACAAAACAUUCGUAUAAUUUUGCUUGGCACAUAUCAUCCAACACUUGAUCCUCAAGUAACACCCAUGGAAAUUCAUAACACACUUGGUUUGAAUGCUCUACUUCUAACCUGGGAUGAAGUUCAACAACUUAUAACAAACUAUAUUCAAAGGCAUGCUACUUUAGGUAGUCCGAACUUCAACAUUCCUGAACCUGUUCAGAAGGCAAUAUUUAAUCUCACUGGUGGACACCCUGGUUUGUGCCGAUUCAUUUUGACUGCGUUACGCAAUCAAUUUCGUGAAAACGGAAAUGCAAUGGAAAUGUUGCGAUUUCUUGCUUCAUCAUCACUACGAGAUAGUAUAUUAGGAAUUGCACGUGCUUUUCACUGGAUCCGAGACUGGAAUAUAACCGAAGAAGAAUCUGAAUUUAUUCGUAGAAAACUACUUUAUCAAUCUAAUGCUCCCUUUCAUGCUGAUUAUGUCUUAAAUCCCGUUGUCAAGAAAUUUGUUAAGAUAGGUCUCUUUUCCACAGUAGGUCCUAAUGAACAAAUGCAAUUUUCUGCACCUAUAAUGCGAGUUAUUCCGAGCCACUAUCUGUUCACCGCUCCGAUAAAGCUUGGACCAUCCCCAACAAGAACUUUUGACGAAUUUUUAAUGAGAACCAUUGAGCUUAUGAGUGCAUAUAAUUUGCAUCAAUCACUUGGAAAUGGAUGUGGUAAUAAUUCAUAUUUAUAUGAACGAAGUUGGCAAAUGGAAUGGUAUCGCACUGCCACAACUGUAGUUCCAGUAGGUACAUCAAUUAGUGCUGAUGUUGGUGCCGUAUUUGGUUCUGUAGGAUUUUUAGAUUUCUAUGUAAAUGGAGAACAUUGCUGGGGAGUUGAGCUGACCCGUGAGGGAAAUCGUUUGAAUGAGCAUGCAACACGAUUUGAAAUCGAUGGCACAUAUAAUGAUAUUCCAUUAAAGCAAUGGGCGAUCCUUGAUUUCAGGCAUCAUUCAAAAAAACGUGAUGGAUUUGUUGAUGUGAAGCUUUGUUUACAAGAUGACAAUAUGUAA